UAUGGCCCAGAGUUAAAUGCUCACAGAAUGCAUACAAAAACUACAUACAAGGAUACUGUCUGCCUCCGAAUUUAUAGACUGUGUCUUGAGUCCUCGCACAUUUUCUUACCAGUCCUGUCUGUUUUGUCUUUGAUCCAAACUCCUAUAUGUUCCCAUAUCUGCUUUGCCAUGACGACUUUGGGAAACACUUCGGCAGGCCUGCAUUACUCUGUGCCUUCCUGUCAUUAUGGAAAUCAACCGUCUGCCUAUGGGGUGAUGGCAGGCAUCAAGCCUGCGACUCCAGAGAUGCUAUCAGCAAGUCUCUCCCAGAGUCGCAUCUUACAGACGUGCAGCAUGCCGCAUCCCAAUGUGGUAAAUGGUGUCAGCACCUUGCAAAGUGGCCUGACCCCUUGCCUUUAUAAAUUCCCGGAGCACGCCCUGAGUGCCAGCUCCUGCGCCCUGGGCCACGGCUUCACGCCCAUGCACCAGUCCCUCCUCGCAGAUGAUCCCGCCGCCGCAGACUUCAAGCAGGAGUUCCGCAGAAAAAGCAAGUCUGUCGAAGAGCCCAUCGACAUGGACUCCCCUGAAAUCAGGGAACUGGAGAAAUUUGCUAAUGAAUUCAAGCUGCGGAGAAUUAAGCUGGGCUAUACACAAACCAACGUUGGAGAAGCACUGGCUGCUGUGCACGGCUCUGAAUUCAGCCAAACUACUAUUUGCCGGUUUGAAAACUUGCAGCUGAGCUUCAAGAACGCGUGCAAACUGAAAUCGAUACUGUCCAAGUGGCUGGAGGAAGCAGAACAAGUAGGAGUUGCAGGGAGAGUGGUGGGGUUUGCCGGUACUCUAGAACAGGAAACGUUCAACGGCUGCUUCUGCCGCACACUUCGGGUUCCUUCGAACCCAGCGCGGGAGGCCGCCUUCCCCUGUAACUGCGCUGGAGGCCGGCGGCUCUCCCAAGGCGGCCGGCAGGCUGCAGGAAUCGCGU